CGUGGUACUGAAAAUAUCCCCAUAGCACCGUGCAAGAAUAGCCAAGCAUACGGCUUACACAAAUGAUAUUUCUGUACAAAUAAAACAGCAACAUUCAAAGCAAGCAUGUAUUGUUGAAGUGGAUUCGUACUCGUAAAUCGCGAGACUAACUUAACUUUAAUACAAAGUUUGAAGAGGACACAAUAAGUGCGUCGGACUGCGCUGCCCCAGACAGGAUUCCCGGUUCAACACGUACGUGCGGACAUGAGCUGGUGCCAACAAACUUUAAAUGUUCAUGUCAUUUUCCUGUUCGUGUUAUUUAGUCUCACAGUCAAGCCUGCAACCUUCAGUUCAGUGACAGCAGCCAGCAACACAGUAAGUGAAAACUAUGCAGCACCCUCCUCUGCUCAGCAACAGAGUCAAUAUACUCAACCAUCAGAGGAGAAGGGCUCGCUGCAUGAUGAAAACGAAGAAGAUGAGCUUUUCAAAGACGUGGAUCCUAGAACCCUAGCGGCGGUCCUUCUCGGGGCCCUUAACCAACCUCAGAAGGAAAAGAUGAGUGAACGAGAAGAGGAGGGAAUGGAAGUGGAAAAGCAGAAGGAUCUUCAGGGUGCAGACAGAGACCGAGAUAGUCACAAAGAGCUGGAGCUGGUCAUGGCAGCUGCUGCAGCGCAAGGAAAAGACGAGAAAGAAAGAGAGGAGGAAGAAGAGAGAAAAAGGGUUGAGGAAGAGGAACGGCUAACGGAGAAAGUGACGAGCCACACCACUAGUCAGACGGUGCCAUUAAAAGAGCAGGUGGCUCCACAGGACGGGGCCACCAAAGAGGAGGUGAUCAAGGAGGAGGAGAGGCAGGAGCCAGAGAGAGGAGAACUGGGGGAGGAGGAAGAGCAGCUGAGUCCAGAGGAAGUGAAGAAUCUGGAGACUGUUUUAGAGGAACUGCAGAGCUACAGCACAGCCACUAAGAGAGAGCGUGACACGUCCACGGGACAGAGGGAAAGCCGUGGGGAGUAUUUCGAUUACCUGGACCGUAAUGGCCUCAUGAACAACGACAUCAAGUCCAAAGCUAAAGGCCAUGACCUAGCCCUGUCCAAGAAGAAGCUAAAGUGGCAAAUCGAACAAGAGAAGAACAAAAUUCAGCCUUUACAAAGAGGGGGCAACUUCAUGGACGACUUUACCAAUAACCUUGCUGACCCAGAAGAAGAAGAUGAGGAAGAUCAGGAGGACGAAGAACAGCUGAGCCCUGAAGAAGAGGAAACUCGGGCCAAAGCAGAGCAAGAGGAGGUACGCAGACAGGCAGCGGAAGCACAAAGAGCCAAGGUGGAGGAGGAAAAGCUUGCGGACAUUGCCUCUGACAUGCUCCUGAAAUACAUCGUGAAACAGGACAAGAAUAAGUACCAAGACAACAAUGGUGCAGAAGAUAAGCGCUCUGAUGAGGAGGACACUAGCGAUGACGAUGAUGACAUUGACCCACAGACCAUUGAUAAGCUGAUUGAGAUCUCAAGCAAGCUACAUCUUCCUGCUGAUGAUGUGGUGGACAUUAUUAACGACGUGGAGAAAAAGAAGAAAAAAGAUGCUCCUGAAAAUCUCCCAUGGCAACGUCCUCUCAUGCCGCCUCCAGCCCCUGUUGCACCUUCGACUCUGUUACGUAAACCUCCUCCCUCAAAGCCUCCUCAACCGAACACGAACCCGUUGAAAACCUGGUUCAAAGACAGGGCCUCGGUCAAGCCCAGCAAGCAAGACAUUUGGACGAGACAGCAGUGGCCCUUUCGUACCUACCCUUCCUACAAGUUCUAUCAAAAACCCUACAGAGGGUAUUACCCCAUCUACAUCCCGCCUCAAAAACCAAAAUCCCGCUACUAUUCCAAGCCCUCUUUCUCCCUCAACGAUGUCCUGGGAAACUCACUGGACUAUGACUUUGAUUACUCCCCCAGACGGAAGUCGCGUCUCUGGGCGCAGUCUCCCCAAAGAGCCCAACCACCCUUCCAGCGGAACCUCUACUUCCCUCACCCUCGGACGUUCAAAGCCGCACCCAUUCCUAAACCCCGCUCACCUCCACGUCGUUGGCAGUCCUUUUAUUACCCAGCCCGAGCUCCUGUAGUCACCAGAGAAGACGAUUACUACAGUCCUCUGAGGCAGCCGCCACAGGACAGCGAAGAGGAGCUACAGAACUUCAUCCAGAGGGUCUUCAUGAAACAUCCCCGGAUGUUUCAGUGAACCGACUGGGGCGGGAAGAGAGCGAUGAGGAGGUGGAGGGGGAAAAGGAAAGUGAAAGGAAACAACUUCAAGACUGUUCAUUGCCAACCUAUCAUGUUCUGGUUUCUUUUCCUGAAAUCAAUUUCUUCACACUUACCUAUUUGCUUCAGAUAGAAAGUUUACCCCCAAGAAAGAACACAAAUCAGAUCUUCAUGUCCAUCUAACCACAUUUAGAUCUAAACAGUUAUUUUGUAUAUUUUGUACAUUUAAAAUCCCAGUGGUCAACAUCAUUGAUCCUAGAGAGAGAGAGCAAAAAAAUUCUAAUUGCACCUUUAAAGAACGCAAACACAGAUUCAUUCAGAAAUGAUGAACAAUCACAGUGCCAUAAUGGUGGAAAUAGACAUUUUGUUAAUUCAAUACACCAAAUGUAUUAAGUCUUACUUGUACCUCAAAGUAUUCUGCUUGAGCAUUUACCAUUUGUGCGUUCCCUUGUGAAGCAGAGGACACACUCGAAGUCUUGUACAUAGAAUUAGUUUCUUAUCGCUGUCUGCAUUUUGAAUUUUUCCCUUCAAUGUAUUUAUACCAUUGUUUUUUUUACGCAAAAAAAGAUAGAAAGUUGGUACAAAAGACAUUCAUACAUUCCAACGAUUUCUAAGAAACAAAUGUAUUAUUUCAUAGAAGCUGUUUUGAAUACAACUUUUAAUUGCCUUAAGACACUCUCUUCCCCUAUUCAGAUGAACAGCAUUUUUGGUCGCAGACUGGCUGAAAGGUUUGUUCUCAAGCUCAUAAACGUUAUUCAGUGGAGCUGGGAAGCAGUGAUCAGCCUUUUGACUAUAUACAUAUAUAUGGGGAGGGGGGCAUACAAAGUCCUAAUUUUCUUUAAAUGAUUUGACAGAGGGAAACGCUAGAGGGAAAAUGGAUGAGGAUAGCUGAACCAGUGGAGGAGUAAAAUUUCUGCACGUUACUGUAAACUUGCAUCUAAAAUGUGUUGCUUCUUUAAAGACAUUCAGAGCAUUGAAAAAAGUACAAAAAAAGACGAAUGACUAGUGUAUUCAAGUUAAAAUGCCAUUGAGUCUUGUGUGAGGAAAAAAUGUUUGUCCUUUCUAGAUGUAUCUUGUACGUAACAUAAUAAACAUGCGUUUGCUGGAUGUAAAUAACCGCAUGUUGAUGACUAGUUUUGCUACAGAGAGAGAAAUAAAUAAACUUGACUAUUUUUUAUUAA